AUGGAUAAUAUGUUGGUUAGUGAUCAACGAAAUAAAUUAAUGUUAGAUGUAAAUGAAAGCGAAAACAAAAGUGUCAAUGCAGUUAGCGAUCUAGAUGUGUCCAAAAAAGAUGCUUUGCCUCUAAUGGAGCAUAAUGAUCAUAAAGAUCGUGCACGUUUAGGACCAGAAAACACAAAUAUUGAAAAUUUAUCACAAGGUGUGGAUAAAACGUUUUCAAAGUCACCCACCUCCAAAGGAAAAUUAAAAAACCGUCAAAAUGUGAAGAAUAAAGAAAAGGGAACUAAGUUGAAGAAAAAAAAUGAUGAAAUGAGCCCAAAAAGUAGUGAAAAGGAAAAAUCACCGAAAUGUGUAAAUAAAGAAAAGAUGUCUAAGGAGAAAGUGACCAAGCUGAAAAAGAAAUUCGAAGACGAAGGAAAAAACGCUCAAACACAGAGCAAACUCUUUUCAUUAUUUAAAAAAACGAGGGGUUUUGACGAAAUGGUGGAGCCAAAUCAGCCGAAAACUACGGAAAAAUCGCCGACUGAGGGCCAAGAGAGAUCUAGGGAAGAAUGGGAGAACACAAAAGCUAAUGCGAAGAGUGAUCAUCCUGAAAACACUAACGCGGCAUACGGUGUAGAGUAUGAAAACAAUUAUAGAAGUGACGGAAUUAGAGCAAAAGAAGCGGAAAUGAAUAGGAGGAAGAAGUUGAUGGAAAAUAAAGGAUUACUAAACGAAGAAAAUAAAGAACAGAUGAAACGAAACAAGAACGCAGUGCUUCUGAGAAGAGCUACGAAGAAAAUACACAGGUAUAUUCUGAAUAAACCAAACACAGACAAUAUACCAUCGGUACUGGGACACUACCCAGUGCUGAUAUCGACGACAUUUAUAAUACUUUUUGUAUUUCUGGCAGAACUGGUGUUGAACAAGGUUUCCUUCAACGGAAGGUGCGUAAGCAAAGUGCUGUACCCAGAAGCAGCAAUAAAUAAGAAGCCGUACCACGUAAUCUUCGGAUACGGAGCGUGCGAGUAUAACCUGCAGCAGAAGACGGAGACUAUAGGCUUCCUGGGAGCCAUUGCUAACGACAAGGGAUGGCCGAGUCAUCUGGUGAGUGACGAGGCGGUGGUAGAGUCAACAGCGUCAUUUGACGCCCCUAACAAUAGGGUGUUCAACCUAUUUGGAAGCUUAGACGCAAAUUACAUAAGGAACUACAACGAAACGUUCAGACUGUUUUGGAGCAUGGUGAUGCACAAAGGCCUGGUACACGUGCUGUUCAACCUGUUGGCACAAUCACAAAUACUGUGGAUUAUAGAACCAGACUGGGGAUUUUGUAGAACGGCCUCCACAUUCUUUCUUAGUGGUCUGGUGGGAAACCUUGCAGCAGCGGUGUUUGAGCCUUCUUUUAAUGUUUUGGGGUCGUCAGGGUGUCUUUUCGGCCUGAUAGCGUCCUUGAUACCAUAUUGCAUUGAAAACUGGACGCUGCUGGCCUCUCCAAUUUACAUAUUCUUCUUCACGCUGUGUAUCACAAUCAUCAGUUUGCUGGCGUUCAAUGACACCGUCUCGGUAUACGCACACUUCGGCGGCUGGGUUGGCGGGUUUUUAUGGGGGUUUGCAACACUGAGGAGUAACUUCAACCUGAAGGACUGCGCAAUAAAGGAGUCGUUGCUGCUGUCGCCACUCUUCAGAAGCAAGUUGACCCCGGAAACAAAGAGUAAGAUAAGGCACUCGUACCAAGCCAAACAGACAACAUGUAUCAAUAAAAUCAGGUUACAUAACAAAGAUAAGAGUUUUUCGAAGAGAAUGAAGAAUCUUCUGAUGUACCCAGUUGAAUAUUUUAAACGGGGUCCUUACGACAUACUAAUCAGAAUAGUGCCACUGACGCUCCUGGUGGUGAUAGUGGUGGUGCUCUUCUGUUACCUGUACAUUGAGUCCCUUUACUCGAAAAUGUUCCCACUCAACGAACAGUCGAAGUUGUCACAGUGCUGUUACGCGAUGACAAAGGGAGAAGGAGGCUUUACGAAGAAGGUCUUUUGGUGUUUUGAAACUUACCAAACCGCAAAGGAGCUGUGCGAGGUGAAGCCUCAGCCUCAGAACACGUAG